CCGAGCGUGUUUAUAAUGUUCGCCUACAAACUUGACCUCGUUCGUUGUUUAGUUUCAUUGGUUAUCGAAUUGAGUAAACCGAGUUAGGUAUCUCAGUGUUUGUUGUUUUAUAAUUGUAAAGAUAAAAUACUCUACCUAUCAAAUUAAAGGAUGCAAGCUAUCUAAUAGGUAUCAUUAAUUAUGAUAGGUAUAAUAUCUCUUUAUUUAGAUAUACUUACUUUGUUAUAAAUAUUUGCAUUGUUAAGCAAUAAGGUAAACAACCUAUAAUAAUUAAUUUGACGCAGUUGAGCGCCAACUUUACUGUAGUUAGGUGCCUACAUUGAUAAAUUCAAAAUGUCUUCGAAGGUGCAAACCGUGCUAGGAGACGUGAGCCCAGCGGUUUUAGGGCGCACCCUGACCCAUGAACACCUGGCUAUGAACUUCGAGCAUUUCUACAGAGAGCCACCAUCUACACUGGCUGGCAAAUUCCAAGUACCAAGCUUAGAGCUCCAUAGAUUAGGCUACGUGAGGCAGUACCCAUACAGCUUGAGAUACAACUUGCAGUUAGAUGAUGAUGCAGCCCAAAGUGCCGUCACCGAUGACGUCAUCGAAUACAAGAUUGCUGGAGGAGGUACUAUAGUAGAAAACACAACAGAGGGCCUGAAUCGCGACAUAAAGUUUUAUCAACAUGUAUCAAGAGCUAGCAACGUCCACAUCGUUGCCGGGACUGGUCAUUAUAUAGCAGACUUACAGAAUGGGGAUACCCUGCAGAAAUCAACAGAAGAUGUUUAUAAUCACAUGUUGCAAGAGCUGACGAAGGGAUGUGUCAAUUAUGAACAAGUCAAGGCCGGUUUCAUGGGAGAAAUUGCCAGCGUAUGGCCAUUGAGAGACUUUGAACGCAAGGCUAUAAAAGCCGCAGGGGAAUUGCAACCUCAGUUAAAAUGUGGCGUGAGCUUCCAUCCUCAUAGAAACAAAGAAGCACCCUUCGAAAUCAUACGGCUGUACUUGGAGGCUGGAGGCUCCGCAGACAAAGUCGUCAUGUCGCAUUUGGACCGUACACUGGUAGAGGACGACAUUUUGUUGGAAUUUUCUCAGCUAGGCACAUAUUGCCAGUUUGAUUUGUUUGGCACAGAAGUGUCCUACUACCAACUUGAAGUAACAACGGACAUGCUAAGCGACGCCCAAAGAAUACAAAAGAUAGCAGCACUUGUGAAAGAGGGCAGAGGAAAUAGGAUAUUAAUGUCCCACGACAUUCAUACGAAGCACAGACUGACUAAAUUCGGGGGUCACGGCUACGCACACAUCAUAAACAACGUCCUGCCAAAGAUGAAAUCUAAGGGUUUCUCGCAAGAACUGAUUGAUAUGAUUACAAUAGAAAACCCUGCAAGAUGGUUGGCAAUCGAAAAUUAAAUAAGUUUUAUAGUAGGGGAGCCCAAGACAGGAUAUUUGUAACUCCAAUGCGUUAGAUUAUCAUAUUAUGGGGAAUACUUUGUAUACUGAUGAAUAUACUUACACCAACCAAAUAACUAAUAUAGUCAGAAGGGUAGGGAGGAUAAAAAAUAUAAGUAAUAGGGAGGAUAAAAAAUAUAAGUAAUAGGGAGGAUAAAAAAUAUAAGUAAUAGGGAGGAUAAAAAAUAUAAGUAAUACG